AAGGUGCAUUUCUCACAUCCUAAAGGUGUUCAAAUCUCCCUUAGCAGAACUUUCAAAAACAUCAAAAAAUAUAGAUCAUCUUCAUCAUCUGGGGUGUCUUGGACAGAUUCUUUGUUACAACAGCUGAAAUUAAAUCCAAUAAUUUUGGUUUGCUAAACGCUUAGAUGGACGUAACGGGCUCCUCGCAUACAACAAGACUCAAGAAGUUCAAUGCAUAUCAGUGUCACAGAGUGGGUCAACAAGAAACUCACAUGGCAACCCAUUCAUGAUAGAUGUUACGUAAGAGAGCACAGGUGGGUCACUUUGGGGUUUUCAGCACAUGGGAUUGGUUGGGGGACUCAAGAAUCAAGAUAGAAGGAUUCAGACCUAUUUGUCCCUUCAUGGUAUUUUGUCUCAAGACAGGCGUAGACAGAAAAGUUCAUCACCCCAAUUCCCCACCACAUAGUUCACGAGGUUGGAUGUCUGUUUUGGUGAGGGUAGUUAACAUUGGGUGUUUGAUUGACACGCACAUCAGGUGUUUGAUGAAUGGCCAAGCUGAUGAUGUUUUCGUCCUUAAAAAUGCAAAAACAGGGGAAGCACCAAAUGGCGGUACCUAAUCUAAGGGAUGGUUUAAGUUAGUGGAAUGAUGUAGGCCCAUCCUCCAUCAUGAUAGCAUCAAGAUAAACGAAUCAGUUGUUGCUUUUGGUGGAGGCACCUAUUCACCUGAUUAAAUCUUUCAUUAGUUA